CCCCAGCAAACAUGGCGGCGGCCAGGUGCUGGAGGUUUGUGCUCCGUGGCCCAGGGCUGUCCCUGCACACUGCGGCCGAGGCCGCCGUCACGGCUCCCGAAGUGACCGGCCCAGAUGUCGCGGCGGCCCCAGUCGCGCGCUACCCGCCGCUCGUAGCCUCUCUGACUGCCGACAGCAAGGCGGCACGGCAGCGGCGAGUGGAGCGAUGGCAGGCCACGGUGCACGCGGCCAAGUCGGUGGACGAGAAGCUGCGAAUACUCACCAAAAUGCAGUUCAUGAAGUACGUAGUUUACCCGCAGACCUUCGCCCUGAACGCUGACCGCUGGUACCAGAGCUUUACCAAGACCGUGUUCCUGUCGGGCCUGCCGCCGCCGCCGCCUGCCAAGCCCGAUACCGAGCCCGCGCCGGCUCUGGACGUAGCGGCCCUGCGCGCCGCCGCCUGUGAUUGCCUACUGCAGGAGCUCUUCUUUCUGCGGCGCAAGAAGCGUGUGCCUCUCUACCUGGAACGUGAGGCCAUCGCCUCGCCUUUCUUGGACCAGCUGGUUGCCUCCCUCACGGGCCUGCUCAGCGCUCGCAAUCCGGCCCUGGCUGCCGCCGCCCUCGAUUGUAAACGCCCAGUUCACUUUUACUGGUUGCGUGGUGAAGAAAUUAUUCCUCAUGGUCAUCGGAAAGGUCGAGUUGAUGCUUUGAGAUACCAAAUAAAUGAUAAACCACACAACCAGAUUCGAAUAUCCAAACAACUACCCGAGUUUGUUCCGCUGGAUUAUUCCGUACCUGUAGACGUCCCUGUUAUGAAUUGUAAGCCAGACAGACUUCCAUUAUUCAAACGGCAAUAUGAAAAUACCAUAUUUAUUGGCACAAAGACAGCAGAUCCACACUGUUAUGGACAUACCCAGUUUCAUCUGCUACCUGACAAAUUAAAAAGGGAAAGGCUCUUGAAACAAAACUGUGCCGAUCAGAUAGAAGUUGUCUUUAGAGCUAAUGCUAUUGCAAGCCUUUUUGCUUGGACCGGAGCACAGGCUAUGUAUCAAGGAUUCUGGAGUGAAGCAGACGUUACUCGACCUUUUGUCUCUCAGGGUGUGAUCACAGACGGAAAAUACUUCUCCUUUUUCUGCUACCAGUUAAACACUUUGGCGCUGACUGCACAAGCUGAUCAAAAUAAUCCUCGUAAAAACAUAUGUUGGGGGACACAAAAAGUCACAGUUAUAUGGAAUAGAUGCCUCAGCUAGAAGGGAUUAUUUACUGCAAAUGAUUGCUAAACUGAAGGAAUAUUAUUUGAAAGUUGUAAUUCAGGCAAGUGCCUCCUUUGCAAGGCAUUGUGCUAAGUGUUCCAUCUUUACUUUCAUUUUUUUGCAGAAUGCCAUGUAAUUUCACUCCACCAUUAUUUUAUUUAAGCUGUUUCCAAAGCUUGGAAUACUGUUUUCUACCCCUGGUCCUGUUUAUUCCAACCUGUCUGUUGCAUUCUUAUUCAUCCUUCAUAGAAAAAAUGCAGGUAUAGAGGGAACAACCAUAUCAAGCUCCAAAUAAAAUGAUAUCUCUUAAUCUUCGCUCUCACUUUCUAACUAAUUGAACCUUGGGCAGUUUGAGUUACCAUCCUUGAUUUCUGCCUCCAUAAAACAAAAUAAUUUCACAAACUUGUCUAAGGAUGAAAUGAGCUAGUGUAUAUGAAAGUGCUUUUAAAGGAUUAUGUAAUUUAAAUAUCAAGGGUUCAGUUGAAAUACUUUUCUUUUCCUAAACAGAUUGUAAUUGAUUGUCCCAUCCUUUGAAUACUUCUUCCUCUAUGGUAGCACCUGUUUCAUUGUUUCACAACAAUUUUUCUCAUUACCAAUGGUGGACAACACACACAUUACACACCUGUACGUACAUGUCAGACGUGUGACAUGUACGUACAGGACUUCACAGAGUACUUACUAUAUUCUAGAGCAUGGUCUAGAUAUUUUACCGAUAUUAGCUCACUUAAUUAUCACAAGCAUUUUGUGAGCUAGGGACUGUUAUUCUCAUUUUGCUGGUAAGUUAACAGGCACAGAGAGCCCAACAGCUUAUUGCAGGUCACACAGCUAGAAAGUGGCAGGAUUAGAAUUUGAGCCCAGGUGGUCUGACUCCAGAGCCUAUGGUAGAUAUUCCCCAGUAAUACACUAUAGAUGUACUCAGUGCUACAGCAGUGUAUCAGUGGUAUAAAUUUAGAUAAAGGAAAUGUUAAUACUGACUGAUACGAAUCAUAGGAAUGUGCCUUGGAGCAAGUAGCAUUUGAAUUGGUUCUUGAUAGAUGGCAUUUUCCAAGAACAGGAGGGUAAGUGGAUAGAUCUGUGAAUGAAGGUGGAAAGUUCAAGAUUUACCUGGGAAGUAGGCGGUAACUUGCUUUACCCAAGUAGGGUGUAGUCUAAAAGCACUUCGAGAAAAAAAUUAUUUACUAAGAAACAAAAUCUAAUUGGUGUCCCAUCUACAUAUGACACUGAACAUUAGGAAACAGUGUAGCAAUGUUUAGACUUCUGGGGGAAACAUUAUAUCAGAAGAAAUCUAAAUUAGUCAAGAUAGAGAUAGGUUAGGAUGAUUGAAAAAAAAUGUUAGAACACCUAAGUCUCUUACCAGUUCAUCAAAAAUGUAUUGCAGUUGAUUAGCACAUGAUUUAAUAGAGGAACCAAUGAAUGGAGGAAUCAAAAUGAAUAAAUGUAAUGAGUACACAAAGUCGUUUCAGGCAAAAGUAAGCAUAAAGCAGGGUUAGUACCUAUAAUUUCAAACAAUUCAAGGCAAGAAAAGAAAUCUAGUGUUGAAAGGUCAUAUUAUGUUAUAAACUGUAAUCAGUGUACGAAAUGUUAGUCUUGAGACGUUGGAGUAACUAAAAAUGAGGAAUAAUGAGUAAAGGUGACUUAAUAAAAUUUGGUAUCUUACAAACAGAAUAGAUCUUUUAAAAUGUGAUAGAACAUGUAUACAAGAUCAUUUAUUAGACCACAGAAAGUGUCAGGAAAUUCUUAAAAGUGGGAAUCAUAUAGGUCGUGAACUCUAUACACACUGCAGUAUACCCAGAAAUUGUUAGUAUAGUUUUAAACCAGGAGUACCUAAUCAUUUGAAAAUAAAAGUAUAUUCAUCAAUGGUUAUUGCCUGGACAGAAUUUUCAAUAUAAAAAUCAGACACUCCCAGAGCUAUAUCACAAUCUAAAAGUGAGAGCUAGUUAUCUUGCUUGCCUUUUCAUUUUUGUCAGAUGUAUUUUUAUAUGAUCUGGACAGUUCUUCCUUUCCUAUGCUUUGAGCAGAAACGCAUUGUAUUGGUGUAAGUAAAACUUUAGACUAAAAUACAAAUCCUGCCUAUAAAAGCUAGUGGGAUAUAGCCAAAGUUAUUCUGAAUACAUUUACUCCUAAGGAUGCAUGAAGGUGCUGUAGGAGAGAAUCACUGAAUAAACAUAAUCUCUUCCUUUUGCAGUUGUCACCUAACUUUGCUUUAAUACGUUUUGUUUUUGUAUUAAAACACAUGGAGUAGAAUGGGAAAAGCCACGUGUAUUUUAAAAGAUAAAACAUCAAGUUCAGAGAAAUUUUCACUAAUCUCAGAACUCUGGAAGAGCAUCAUAUCUUGCUUUUUGCAGCCUUACAUUUGAUUUGAUGCCUGUUUACUAGUAUACUUAGUGGCAAAUUUAUAAUGUUACGUGUUUAUGUAAAGUAAGAAAAUAAAAUCUGUAUUUGCUAGAAGAAUUUAAAAAAACAAACUAAAGAAAAUCAGAAGAAAAUAUAAAUGUAGAAGACUGAAUUGGAAGACAAAGCAGACUUGACAAGUAGAUGCACUACCUGGUUCUUUAUCCUAGCCCCUCCCUUAUCAGUAAAAGAGUUAAUAUUCUAGUAAAUCUAAUCAAGAGGAAAAAAGAAAACAUUUAGAAUUGGAAAAGGGGGAGUAAUAUACUUGGUGGAGUCUCUAAAUACAUAGGAAAAUGCUAUAUAUAACAAAUUUGGACAUUUUCUGCUGAGAAAUAUAAACAAAAUGAUAAAGAUAGAAAGCUUAAAUGGACCAUGGAAGAAACUGAAAAUAUUUCUAAGAUACCUUCCGACAAGGGUCCAGAGCAGUACAGUUUAUGUGUGAAUUCUUUAAAAUUUCCAUGAAACAAAACUAAAGUUUGGAGUGCUACCCAAUUCAUCUUAUUAACUCAUCCCAAUUUUUAAAAAAAAUCUCUAAAAACAUACAGGUUAAAUGCACAUUUGUAUAUAAAUGCAGAAAUUCCAAAUGAAAUGCCACAUACCAACUUCAACAGUAGUUAAAAAAUCCACCCUAAUAGGGUAGAGUUAAUCAUGGAAAUUCAGUACCAGAUUGAUGUUAGGAAAUAUGCUAAUAGCUAACAUCGGUAGUUCAAAGGAAAAAAAUAAGGCUUUUCAUAAAAUUCUUACUCUUGGUUAAAAAAGCAAAGAAAAAUGGGUAUUAAUAGAAGUAUAUUUUAGUAAGAGUUUUAUGUUAGUCAACCCCCAGUUUAUGUUUAAUGGUGAACAAUAACUGAUGUUCCCACUGAACUCAGGUAAGACUGCCGGCUUUGACCUUUAUGUGUGGUUUGCUGAUUGAUUCCAGGUGCCUAGAAUCGUACAAGCAAGCACUCCAAAGUUUGUUGAAUAGAUGUGAAUUAAUGAACUUAAGGUAGUCAGUCUUUGUAGUUUGAAAUCAGGUAUAUCUCCUCAUUUAUUUGCACUUUUCAUAUCUCAGCAAAGUUACAGUUUUCUUUAUGAAGAUUUCCAUGCCUAGAUUUUUCUGUAAUUGUGAAUUAAUUGUUUUCAUUUCAGUUAUUUUUUAUAGCUUCAAAAAAGGCUUUGUAAUAGCUGUUGUUGACUGCUAUAUAUUUAUUUUGUAGAAGGCCUUUUAAUUAGCUCAUUAAAUCAGGAAUUUUUUAGUUGAGUCUCAUGAGGUAUAUAGCUCCAGUCUGUCUUGGGUUCCUCUGAAACUGCUUCUCAGCACAGCCAGUCAUCAGCCUCCAUGUAGUAAAAUCAUUGGACAGUCUCUGACUAUUUCACUCAGUACAUUUGUCACAUUUGGCAUGGAUGACCACCCCUUCAUUCUUGAAGUGGUGUCUUUUAUUGCCUUCAGUGAAACAUACUCCAUUUUCCUCCUAUCUCUUUGACCAUUCUUUCACAUUCCCAUUUGCUGUUCUUCCUCUAAUCUUUCUUUAAAUAUUGGUAUACCUCAGGGUUCUGCUCUAGACUCCAUCUUUUUUUAUCCACCAUCUUUCCUUAGAUGACCUUACCAAGUUUCAUGGAUUUAAAUAUAUUUAUAAGCACAUUCAAAAUUGCAAUUCUAUUUCAAUUUUUUGUUUCAUAUCUGAACUGUUAACAUCACCAUUGUAACUGAACAGGUCUGAGUGAUUAAAAUUAGGGUGAUUUUUCAUUAAUUUUUCAGUUUCAUAAAUUUCCCAGAAAAUACAUAUUAUUUUUAUAAUAAAAUAUUCACUUUAAUUAAAGAACCUAGUUCUCUUUCCUGAACGGACUCCAAUAUGGAACCACCGUCUUAUGUCAAAUUGUAGUCCAUCAUAAACAACUUUAUUGUGAAAUUGUAUUUGGAAAAGCAUUUCUUGAGUACAUUUGUUAUUUAAGAAAAGUUCGUUCAGUAAAAUUCACGUAAGUUUCAUCAUACAUAUAUUUAACUUAUUCUAAAUAGUUGAUCCCUAUAAACAUUUAACUUAUUCUAAAUAGUUGAUCCCUAUAAACUGAAAACUUUAUUAGAUGCAAAGACCUUAGAUUGUUUUCUUGAGAUAUUUUAAUAGACCAGUCAAGUUAAUUGCUCUGCAUAUUGCAUUUUAUAUUAAAUUCUAGCACAUUUUGGAUAAUGCUUAAAUGUGAGGUACGGUUAAUUCACAUAAAAUGUAAGGCACAAUAAUUUUUCAAUUACUCAUUUACUGUUACAGAAAUCGGAAAAAAUCGUUGCUUUGGACAGAGGUGGGAAAAAAUUGCUACAGAGAAUAUUGAGAAUAGAAAUCAAAGACCCAUGGGUGAACAACAUUGACAUUGGCCAAUAUUUGAUUGGACAAGGUUGAAUUUCUCAUGAGAGGCCUUAGUAUUCCAAAGUUUGGUAAAAAAAAUUUUGUAAGACAAACAACCAUAACAGUACAAAAUAGAAAUUGGACUAAUAAGACUCCACGAAGGGUGAGAAUUAUAGGUAAUAAUAUUCCAACAGAUGUGAUCACUGUCUUGGUAUGUAAUAAGCACACUGUAGACUAAAAUUCAGCAAUAGUUACUAUCCAAAUAAGCUUAUCUCUUCAUUAAAUAUAGCUUAUAAGACUAUGUAAUUUUAAGAGUAUUCUCAUAAUUAGCCUGCUUUAAAUAAUGUUCUGGAUGUCAUCCUUAGAACAAAAUUAAACUCCAUUUCUCAAUCACAUUUCUUUGUUUCUUUCCCUCUAUGUAAAAAUAUGGAAUUCUGUCUCAGGUCUUGAUUACAUUUUGUGUUCUUUGUCAUCCUAUAGAAUUCUGCAUUUCACUUUGGAAAUUUUUGUAAUUAACUUUUGACGCUUGAAAUUGGCUUUUGAAACUUACAGUAGUUUGGACAUAAGUUUGGGGUUUAAUGUGUAGGUUGUAUUUUUGGCUUUUUGCAUCUUUCAAAGAAAGUUAUGGUUAUGAGAUGAUUUGUUUUUAAAAUUAUGUAAAGGAACUGCCAUUGGAUUUAAAAUGCAAGUAAUGUUCUCUAGAAAUGAAUUGAAUUGAUGGAAAGUCCAAGUUGAUACAUGCAAAUGGGAUAUCACUUUUUUUUAACCUUUUUAGUUUUUGGACAAUAUAAAUGAAGUUUUAAAUCGGUGACAUAUAGCAAAAACUUAUAUAUUAACCAGUUUAGAAAAGCUGAAGACAGAAGAAAGUAACCAUCUUUUAUUUUUGUUUAUUCUUUUUAAUUUUUAUUUAUUUAUUUAUUUAUUUUUGGCUAUGUUGGGUCUUUGUUGCUGCAUGUGGGCUUUCUCUAGUUGCAGCGAGCAGGCUUUCUCUAGUUGCGGCGAGCGGGGGCUACUCUUCUUUGCGGUGCGCAGGCUUCUCAUUGCAGUGGCUUCUCGUUGUGGAGCAUGGGUUUUAGGUGCGUGGGCUUCAGUAGUUGUGGCACGUGGACUUAAGUAGUUGUGGCUCGCGGGCUCAGUUGCUCCGUGGCAUGUGGGAUCUUCCCGGACCAGGGCUCGAACCCGUGUCCCCGGCAUUGGCAGGCAGAUUCUUAACCACUGCGCCACCAGGGAAGCCCCCGUCUUUUAUUUUUGAAUAGAUAACUGUGUAAAUGAUUAUAAACUUGAUGCUUUAAUAUUUUAAUUCAAACAAACACCCUCAGAAUGUUUUUAUAAAAGUUGUGUGUUGAUAUAAAGAUAUUCACACCUUUAGCAUUUUUUAGAUGUGAUACAUAUAUAUAUAAAAUGGGAAUUGUCAUCUUCAUUUUUGCUAUGGCCUUAUGGCCUUAUUCAUCUUGUAGAGAUAUGUACUGCAGAAAUAUGUAACCAAAUAGCGUUAUAAGUGAGCUGCCUGUACUUUUUAUCAUUUUAAUUCUAGGUUUGAAUUACUAAAACCUGUUUUGAUCUUAGGAAAAUGAAAGCUUACAUGAUGUUUAGCCACUUGGAAAAUAUUUCUCUGGGUCUUCAGUUCAUGUAAAACUUGACUUUUAUUUACAAACUAACAGUACUUUUGUUAUAAGCACUUUAUUAGGAUCUUCUGAAGCAUUCCAAUAAGUUUCCUCUCUUAAUCAGUAAUUAAUCAUUAAUCGUUAAUAAAGAAGGUGGACAUGAUUUAAAGCCAGAACAUAAUCAGGGAUAAUUUAGUUUAGCAGCUGAGUUCUGUUUAUGUCAUUCAUCUUUACCACAGACGGUGCAGGUUUUUUGUCUUAAUUGGCAGCAUUAAAAGGGAGAGAGGUUUUAAAACACCUAGGUUUCAAGUUCUUUUGAAAAAUAGUAAAAUCUGAUGACUCUAGGUUUACAUUCUUUUGUGUUAACAAUAGACAGGCUCUGGAACUUGUCUGCUCUGGGUCCCUUUAGAGGGGACAUACUCUCUCCAGUUUGUACCAGUCCCCACACCACCCACUCCUCAUUUUUACUCUCUUGACCAACAUCAUCUGUCGUGCUUCACUAAUUUCUGUUAAAUGUUUUAUCUCUAAGGCAUUGAGUUUAUGACCCUUGAGGUCCAGAUUACCAUUAAGAACUUGUAUUACUAGUAGUAAAAUUCAACCUUUAUAAUUACUUUUCAGGUUUUAGGAUCUCAGUUUUCUAUCAACAUACAUUAAUGAUAAAUUGAAUUCAAAUGAGGAGUUCAAUUUCAUUUGAGAUAAUUAAGUGAAACCUGGUCUUUGAGUGAAAGUAGAUAUAUUAGUUACCUGGCAAAAUACAUGAACUUCUGUUCCCUACCUCUUUUGCUGAAUGAAAGGCAAAAUGAAACCUGAUUUGUUAUGUUUUGACAGUUUAUUAAUCAUGAGGUUGGGAGAAAUUUUGUCUAUUUUCACAGAACCAAAGUUGGCAACCAGAGAAUAUUUGGACACUAUAUGGAGUAUUUUGUUUCCCUUUAUAGCCUGUGUUGGGUUGUCUACAGUAUCACCCUCCCCAGUUGUGGAAGAAUGGCUAGGAUGCUCUUACAGGGUUGAGCCCUUAUCAGACUAGAGAAGAUGCCCAAAUGGUGGUCAAACACAGACUGGUCAGAAGGCUGUGAAGUAACCCAUUAAAAAACAACAGAAACAAAAGAAACCUUUGACUUCUGUGUCCCAAAACGGUGGACUAGAUUAUUUGGUUCAAUCUUCCUGCUAUAAUAUCUGAUUAAAUAUAACAAAUACCCACUUGAAGGCAAUUAGAGAGGUAACAAAGUAGUGAGUAAUUGCCAGACUGGUAUCAGGAAGAAAAUGGAAAUCCAGAAAGGUGAGCCUAGUCUUGGGUCUGCUUUUGCUCUGGAGGGGGAAUUUGUUAACCAAGAAGAGGAGGCUGAAAGGUUGAGUAGAAUUUUAAUAGUCUUGUGAGAUUAGAAGGACAGAAGUUAUAGCACAGCAUCUCCAAGUUUGGGACUUGGGUAGAAUUCCUUGGUUUGAGACCCUGAAGGAUCACAUUCAAGGUAUAAAGUUGAAGUAGAAGUAAACCAUUCUCAUAGAAUAUAGCUUAGAAUUGAGUCAACUAGAUAGCUUAGAAAAAUCUGAAGUUUUGAAAGUAGAUUAACGUGAUCUGAGAUUUUUAGUGCCCUGGGAAUCUGAAAGAUGCAAGUUUGGAGAAGGAGAACAGGUUCCUAGGUCUCAAAUUAUUUCUACAAAACUUUUUCAAAUACAAUAUAUCCAUAUAAUAAUUGGGCACAAGAGGAGAAAGACGGUCAGAAUGAAAAUUAGCAGAAACAAUAGACAAUAGAAACAGACCCAAAGGGGCACCAAAUAUUUGGAUUGUGAAAUAGACUUUAAAAUUAAUGUUUACUAUGUUCAAGGAGAUAGAAUAAAAGAUUGAAAAUUUCAGUAUAGAACUGGAAACUAUAAAAAAUGUCAUUGCAGAUUUGUAAAAGAGCCAAAUAUUCAAGAACUAGAAAAACAAAACAGUAAACAAAAUUAAGAACACAAAACAUUGUAUUAGUUAUCUAUUCUGCAUAACAUAUAACUGCAGACUUAGCUUCUUAAAACAACAUACAUUUAUUAUCACAGUUUCUGUGGGUCUGGAGUUCAGCCAUGGCUUAAUUGGGUUCUCUGAUUCAGAGUCUCACAAGGCUGCAAUCAAAGUAUCGGUCAGGGGAAGGGUGUCAUCUGAAGGCUCAGCUAGGGAAAGAUCUGCUUCAAAUUUGUGUGGUUGCAAGCAGGUUGUUGGACUGAAGUCCUCAGUUCCUUACUAGCCAUUGGGUAGGGACAUCCUUCAGUUCCUUGCCAUAUGGGCCUCUCCACUAGAGCAGCUUACAAUAGAAAGAGCAUAUAGAGAGAGUCUGCUAACAAGACUGUUGGUCAGAAGGCCAAGUCACUGUGUCUAGUCCAUAACCAAGGGGAGGGGAUUGCACAAGGUCAUGAAUAGGAGGUGUGAAUCAUUGGGGACCAGUGAUUCUUAGAACCUGCCCACCAAAGAUUAUAAAUACCACUGAAGAGAGAAUUCCUGAAUUGGAAAGUCAGAAUAAAAUAUCCAUAAUGAAUGUUGUCUUCCUAAACUUUUUUACUCUGCCAUUACCAAUAAAGAAGGGUUGAUAUUUACCCAUGCCCAGAAGAAUGGAGGUAGUGUGGAGAGAGGAUAAAUAAGGAUAUAUGUUAAUUGAAUACAGGAGCUUAGAAAUAAGGAGACUAUUAGGGAAGGAACUAAAGGAUCAAACUAGGUAUUUAGGAAUCCCAUUUUUUCUUCUUCUGGGUGCCAGUGGGUACCCCAUCUGUAGUACUCUUUGUAAUGAGCUAUACAUAAUUUGUGGCUUAGUUGAUAUUUUUGAUGUUGGUUAAUAACAUGCCUGUGGAUAAUCAGUAGAAACGUGUGUCUAUAAACUACUAGCCAUAGCACAUAUUUUAUCUUGCUCCUUUUCUUUCUGCACAGGAUUUUUCAAGGUGCAAACAUCAUAUUUCUGAGAAGUAUACAAUUUUUUAAAAUAAAUAGAUGUUUAUUUUUUAAUUGGCCAUUACCUCAUGGGAGGUGAUAUUUGUAAAUAUAUUUCAAAUUAGCAUGCAUUUCAGUAAAUAAAUUCUUUAAAUGUCCAAAAAAACCCAACAUGACAACUGUAGGUUAAGAACCAGUUUUAGUUUAUCUCAUAGGUGUUCUAUCUUUGUUCAGCUUAGUUAUAAUGGAAAAACUCUUCAAUGUUGACAGAAUUUCUUUAGAAUAAACCAUUAAUAUGUCUGAAAUACCAAUUUCACCUGGCAAAAUUGGAGAGGAAAUAGUAAUUUGGAAAACCAAGUAACUGUAACCUUUGAUAAGCAAAGGCCUCUAUAAUGUAAGUCAUUAUAGUAUUUCUCCUUUUUAAGAAUUCAUAAAUUUAAUGGUCCUAUCAGUUGCAUGUUAGUUUGAAAAUGAUCUCAAGCUAGAUUCAUCCUGAAUAAAAUCCAGAAACUUUCUUCAUAAUUUGACUAGAUGCACAGGAAGCUAGGAAGAAAAAGGAAAACAUGGCGAAUAAACUUCUUAAUUCCAGGUACUAUAUUAACAUGAAAUCAGUCAACCUUCAACACCCAUAUUCAUUUGAAACUCGAUGACAUUGUUUAGUUACUUAUCAUGCACUACCCAAGGGACAUAUAGAUAAAUAUUUUAACAUCUCUGUGUAGAAGCAUCCAGUAAGGUUUAUGACUUUGUUUAUAUCAAAUAAUAUCCUAUGUAUUAAUUUUAUCCAUUUAGGUAGAGAAUGGAUAGGCUUUUGAUUUAGUUUAGAAAAUCAGAUUUUCAUAUUGUUUUGUUUUUUAGCUUCAUUUUAAUCUGUAUAAGAUUAUUUUUGUUGUCGAUGUGAAAUAUGUAAUCAUUAUAGAAAAUCUGAAAAACACAGAGAAAUGGGAAAAAUAAUCUUAUACUGUUAACAUUUUGGACUGUUGCCUUAUAUCUAUGCACUUUUGUUGACAAAAUGUUUUAUGUUUGUAUUUCAUAAUCUUAUCAAAUUACUGUAAGUUUCUAUAGUCUAUGAAUAGUCUUUUGGGGGUAUUUUGAAAGGUGAUUGAAUAGUAACAGUAUUAUACACUGAAGGAGAAAUACUUAAACAUGAAAUUUCCACAAUAUUAAGUUCACAUUCAUUUACGGGGGAAAAAGAAUCAUAAUUUUUUCAGUUGUAAAAAACUUGAACAUGAUAAUUCUUUAAGAUUAGCUAAUGUGGGCGUAAAUAUAUUUAAUGUUGGAUUAGUUCACAAGUAUGCAGAUGAUUAUAUCCUUUCAGUAUUUUUGCAAGAUUUCCAUAUCUCACCACCUUGGUGUGAUUCAUAAUUGGAAAAAUAAAGGAUCUGUGUAUUUGGAAAGCCCUAAAGGAAUAAAAAAUAUCUAUACAGUUAUCCUCUGGUAAAGUGUAAUUUGUUGCAACCUUCAGAACUAGGAUUUUAAAUGUCAUUUAAAAGAACAAUGCCAGAGAAUUCUAGGUCUCAUGUUACCUAAAAAUGUAAACAAGUUUUAAAAUCGGUUUGACAGUUGGAUCUGAAAAUCUAGAUUGAAGUCUUGCUUCUAUCAUUAACUAGCUAAGUGACUUAGGACCACUCCGUUUUUCUUGAACUCAGUUCCUUCAUAUAAUAAAUUGAGGGGAUUGAAUAAGAAGAUCUUCAAAAUCCCUCCUAACUCUAAUGUGCGAUGAAUCAUUCCUUCUAAGCCUGUCACAGCAGAUGUGAUUUGCCAUUAACAUUAUUUUUUUAAAUUUCUUUUUUAAACCUCCUGUUUCCAAAUGACAAAAUGGUAAUGUUCUUGAGAGCUGGAGAGUUGUGUGGGGUUCAGCUUGCCCUUUCACUAAAUUUCUUCAGUUGUGAUAUUUUUCUUUCAUACAUUUUCCCCCAUGGCACUAUCCCCUGAGGGAUAGACUCAUAAACUUUUA